AUGGAAAAACCAACUUACAUUGCAGUUAUUCCCAGCGUAGGGUUCAGCCACUUGGCUCCCAUUCUUCAUUUCUCAAAGCGACUUGUUGAGCUCCAUCCACAUUUCCAUGUCACAUGCAUUGUUCCCUCCAUUGGCUCUCUCCCAACUAACUCAAAAGCUAUCCUCCAAACUCUUCCACCAAACGUCAACCCCAUUCUUCUUCCACCGCUCAACCUCAACGACCUUCCACAAGGGCUUUCCAUUGUGGUCCAAAUCCAUGAAGCUAUGCGUCUCACUAUGCCAUCGAUCCAUCAAACCCUAAAGUCCAUAACUUCAAACACCCCCCACGUGGCCAUGGUGGUUGAUGCUUUUGCCUAUGAAGCACUAGAUUUGGUUCAAGAGUUCAACAUGUUGUCCUACAUUUACUCCCCUUCCUCAGUUACCACAGUCUCCACCAACUUCUAUUUGCCAAAGUUGGACCAGGAAACAUCAUGUGAGUACAGAGAUCUGCCACAUCCUAUUCAAGUACCAGGUUGUGUUCCAUUUCAUGGCACGGAUCUCUAUUCACCAGCACAAGAUCGAAAGAGUGAAGAUUACAAAGUGUCACUCGAACUUUGUAAUCGAUUCCUUCGUGCUGAUGGGAUCAUCGUGAAUAGCUUCUUGGCAUUGGAAACGGGUCCUCUAAGAGCACUGAAAGACAAGGGAAGAGCGUACCCUCCUGUGUAUCCUAUUGGACCAAUUGUUAAAAAUGACACAGAUUCUGCCCAAGGAUUGGAGUGUCUAACGUGGUUGGACAAACAACAAGUUGGUUCUGUUUUGUAUAUUUCUUUUGGAAGCGGUGGAACAGUGUCACAAGAACAAAUGAAUGAGCUGGCUUGUGGUUUGGAGUUGAGCAAUCAUAAGUUCUUAUGGGUUGUUAGAGCGCCAAAUAAUGCAUACGACUCUGCUUACCUUAGUAAACAAAAUUGUGUUGACCCUCUACAGUUCUUACCAAGUGGAUUCUUGGAGAGAACCAAAGAGCAAGGUGUGGUUAUUCCUUCAUGGGCACCCCAGAUUGAAGUCCUUAGGCACAGUUCAGUUGGUGGGUUUUUGACUCACUGUGGGUGGAAUUCGACCCUGGAGAGUGUGGUGCAUGGUGUGCCACUCAUCACAUGGCCACUGUUUGCAGAGCAGAGAAUGAAUGCUGUUGUGUUAUGUGAGGGUGUGAAAGUGGGAGUGAGGCCAAGAGUCAGUGAAAAUGGGUUGGUGGAAAGGGAGGAAAUUGUUGAGGUGAUAAAGUGUUUGAUGGAAGGGGAAGAGGGCAGGAAAAUGGGCAAAAGAAUGAAGGAAUUAGCAGUUGCUGCUACUAAUGCUCUCAAAGAAGGUGGCUCUUCUACCAAGACCCUUUCAGAGUUAGCACAACUGUGGAAAAAUUUGGCAUGA